AUGGCCACCGUCGGACAAAUGGCAGCCCUAGAUCCUACGAUAGCACGGAACCUACCGCCUCAAUGCGGCAAGCUCUUUGAGGCAAAGUCCGCCAAAGGGCUUAGUUUCGAGCAGAUAGCCAAACACCUCGAGCGAAGCGAGGUGGCGUGUGCUGCAUUGUUCUAUGGCCAAGCCCAAGCCUCGCCGGAGGAUGUCAGCCGCCUUUCUAAGCUUCUCGAAGUGCCUGAAAGUGCGUUGGGCUCGAUGAAGGCGAUUCCUGACCGGGGUCGAGCUGGCCCGAUGCCACCGGUGGAGCCCCUGAUAUACAGACUUUACGAGAUUGUCCAGAAUUAUGGGUAUGCCUAUAAAGCCAUUCUGAACGAGAAGUUUGGUGAUGGAAUCAUGAGUGCCAUCUGCUUCUCCACGAAAGUGGACAAGGAAGUGGAUGAGACAGGUGCCUCGUGGGUCGUGAUCACUCUCAGGGGAAAAUGGUAUUCCACCAAGAACGGCGCCGCCAAGUCGCCUGGCUACCCUCUCGGCUGCAAUGUGAUGGCCAAGCCUACCGCCGACGCGAAGUCCCCCGGCUACCCUCUCGGCUGCAAUGUGAUGGCCAAGCCCACCGCCGAGGCGAAGUCCCCCGGUUACCCCCUUGGCUGCACUGUCAUGUAA